UCGACCCUCAUCAUCAACCUCCUCCUCCUCGUCUUCUGUUUAUAUAUGUUUACAUACCCAUGUUAUUUCAAAGAAGAAGAAGAAGAAGAAAUAUAGCCAAAAGAAAGAAAGGUAGUUGAAAGAGGCGACAACCAUGGCCAUUUCUUCAGCUUCAAGUGGGCUUCUCUGCAAUUUCAUGGUGAUCUCCAUGUUGUCGCUUGUUAUGAUCAGCGCUCGCCGCGAGACCGGUGCUCGACCGGUGAGGCACGAGGACGGCGUCGGAUCAUCCCUCGGUUCAUACAGAAGAUAUCUUCUAGAUAACGGCCUCGGUCUAACUCCACCCAUGGGGUGGAACAGCUGGAAUCAUUUUCAAUGCGACAUAAAUGAGACACUGAUAAAGGAAACUGCGGAUGCGAUGGUGUCAAGUGGUCUCGCUGCCUUGGGAUAUGAAUACAUCAAUUUAGAUGACUGUUGGGCUGACCACGACCGCGACGCCGAGGGCAACAUGGUGCCAAAAGCUUCAACAUUUCCCUCAGGCAUGAAGGAACUGGCAGGUUAUGUGCACGAGAGAGGUCUCAAGCUUGGGAUUUAUUCUGAUGCAGGAAUCCAGACUUGUAGCAUGAGAAUGCCGGGAUCGCUUGGAUAUGAAGAACAAGAUGCCAAAACUUUUGCUUCAUGGGGUAUUGAUUAUUUGAAAUAUGACAAUUGUGAAAACAGAGGCAUCAGCCCCAAGGAAAGAUAUCCUGUGAUGAGCAAAGCAUUGCAGAAUUCAGGGAGACCCAUAUUUUUCUCUUUAUGUGAGUGGGGACAGGAAGAUCCAGCGACAUGGGCACCAAGCAUAGGCAACAGUUGGAGAACGACCGGGGACAUUCAAGACAAUUGGGAUAGCAUGACAGCAAUUGCUGACCAAAAUGAUAAAUGGGCAGAAUAUGCUGGACCAGGUGGUUGGAAUGAUCCUGAUAUGCUUGAAGUAGGAAAUGGGGGCAUGGCUAAGGAAGAGUACCGCUCUCAUUUUAGCAUUUGGGCCUUGGUGAAGGCUCCGCUGUUGAUUGGAUGUGACAUUCGAUCCAUGGACAGCGCGACGCUUGAGAUACUAAGCAAUCAAGAAGUCAUAGCAAUCAAUCAAGAUGGGCUGGGAGUUCAGGGGAAAAAGAUCAAGAAAGAUGGAGAUCUGGAGGUCUGGGCUGGUCCUUUAACCGGUUAUAGAGUGGCUGUUGUGCUUUGGAAUAGAGGUGCUUCACCAGCAAAUAUUACUGCAUCUUGGACCGACAUUGGUCUAAACUCAGCAGCGAUCGUCGAUGCUCGAGACUUGUGGGAGCACGUAACUCUGGCAUCUGUUCGAGAUCAAAUCGCCGCUUGGGUGGAUCCUCAUGCGUGCAAAAUGUUCAUCCUCACACUGCAGUAUUAGCUUUGAUGAAUAUGCAGUUAAAUUUAUGCGAUGUACUUUAUCAGUUUAGUUCUGUUGAAGAAAAUGUCGUGAGCAUGUAGAUUGUCUUGAUUGAGAAUGCAAUUGUUUUCAUGAAAAGCAAUUGCAUCCAUUUCCUAGCCAAUAAACACUGCUAAGCUGGCUUUUGUGUC